UCCUUCGUGUAAGUGAAUUUUUUCGGAAUUGAGCACCUGCUUUUACUCUGAAAACAGGCUUACAGCGAAACGUUUGUCGGAGAAUGCGGCAAGGUUAGUAUGCAUUGUUAGUAUUCCAUCUACAUAGCAAGCCGCACGAUAUCGAGGACCAGAGCAUCGUCAACCCAACGUCAUAGAUUCCAACUAAUAAUUGCUCUGGCGAACUCAAACUGAGAGCUCCGAAGGGUUUGAGUUGUUGUCAUCAGAAAGCCGCAGGUGGGUUUUCAAGCCUCGCCAGGUGCGAGCGUAGGCUUUGACCGCAGAGGGAUGUAGACGACUCGUUCUAGACCCGUUCUGUGUGCUUUCCAAUUUGACGACGUACUUGUCGCUGUUGUCACUAUGUAGCGUCACAACACGCCGACUCGUUUUCACCUGGAGGCUGAAUGAGGACAGAGCGGAGCCUCUUGCGCUCUUUCCCGCUUUUGCUUUCUUGUUGGGGGCGAGGGAGGCGUGAAGAGUUUGAUACGGAGUGUUAGGGGCACAACGAGAACUCGGCGCUGAUUUGAGAAACACGGUAGAGGACAAGGUGUUAGUGGGACUGUUGGUGUGUUAUUGCCUCAUGUCUGCUUGAGUGCUUACUUCCGGUUGGAGUACUUGAAGGAGAAUAGGUUUCAUAUUGUAGGAGAAGCUGCCAGGGAUCGGGCAGGGAGCAUUAGCAACAUGGGGUUCAUGUCCUUCAUGGGUCGUGUCACUUUCUCGGCCAUCUUCAUCUUGGCUGCAUGGCAGAAAAUCCAGGAUUUUGGUCAGGAUGGCGGUGAAGCAUUGAGGGCUAUGGACCCUAAGUUUUCGCUGUUUCUAAAAAACGUCAACGAGGCUCUCAACCUGCACUUGACUCUUCCAAGUGGCGUUGAGACAAAGCAUUUGUUAAUGGUUGCCAUUGCGUUGGAGGGUCUGGGCGGUAUUCUUUUCACCUUGGGAAGCACUCUUGGUGCCUAUUUACUGCUUAUUUUCCUUGCAGCAGUGACACCGGUUAUGCAUGACUUUUACAACUAUGAUAUAGCAACUGGUGAUUACUUGCAUCAAUUCAACUCCUUCUUGAAGAACCUAUCUCUUUUCGGAGCUCUUUUGUUCUUUUUGGGGAUGAAGAACUCUGCUCAGCGUGCAAUGAUGAGGAAGAAACAAUCCUUGAAGGCCAAGUUUCAGUAGUCGUAUUACACCUGACCGUCUAAUGGGUCCCUUUUUCCUGAAAGAUUGUAGUGUUGGAGAGAGCAAACGAUAAUUUAGCGUAUAGGUGCUUACUGUUAGCAUCCUAUCCCGAGUUGAUACAAGGAUUUGUAAGUGGUUGCCUCUCCAUAGGGAGGUGUAUUGCCGUUGUUUAAUCCAUAUUGUAGACAUUUCACAUGAUUAUGCAGCUCGAACUCUUCUUGAA